AUGGAUAAUAUCAAAGCCACGCAAGAACUCAUUGCCCUAGAUCUCAAACGUCUCUCCGAAUUGCCUUCUGACGCUGGUGUGGCUUCCUUACAACGAAUAUUGACGAUAUGGUCACUUACCCAAUCUGAUUAUGACUAUCGCCAGGGUAUGCAUGAAGUGGCGUCGUUCCUGUGGACAUUGAGGGCACGCGAAUCUCUCCCAACCCCUGUGGACCCCCAGAAAGAGACAUUGGAUAUCCAUUCGCUGCUAGCACCUGAGGAAGUGGAAGCGGACACUACUUCAUCGAGCGCGCCGGAUCCCCCUCACUGA